GAAGCUAAAUUUUAUGGAGAAACCAAUGUAGGGCGACACCGUCAAUGGCGACUUCGUAUGAAACAACUGAAGCUCCAAUUUAUUUCCAUAAUUCCCGCUCUAUUGACGAAACUGCUGCGAUUACUGUGGCUGUAGAAAGAUGUCCAUUGUGUAGGGGAUCUGACCGUCGAUUUUAUUGUCAGCAGUGUGUUAGUGAUGGCUGUUUUGAGCAUUCAAAUAAGAGAUCUCAUCUAAAUUUUAGAAGACAAAAGAAGAAAUGGGAAGAAUUUAAGAAAAGUGUAGAAAAAUCAGUCAAAAGGGUAGAAAAAUCUGUUGUUAAAAAAGAGGCCAAAUACGAAAAGUUAAAUGAAAUCGAAGUUUGUAAACAGAAUAUAGAAUUAUUAAAACAGGCCAUUAAAACAGUAAAAAAGGAAACAGAAAAAGCUCAGUUUGUGUUACAAAAAACCAAAGAAAAGAAUUAUCAAAGAAAAUCAAAGGCCAGUCGGCAUAGUUUGAAAGUGACGAAGAUUAAGGAAUAUAUUGAUAGUAGAGGGAAGAUAACUCUUACUAGAAAUCAGGAAACCGAGGCUGUAUUAGUCAGGCUACAGAGAGAGCGAAGAAUUCAUCUUGAUGUUUUAACUAACUAUAUUUUUCCUAUUAGUGAAACACAUCCAAGUAGUGCAGACAGCCUAUUAAUCAGUACAGCUAGCGCUAUAAAAGAUGCCUGUCAAACAGCAUAUGUACGGGGACAGUGGCAGUACUCUGAUGUCAGAAGUGAUACUAUUUAUAGAAUUUUAGAACCAACUCUACCCAGUAAUGGGAACUACUCAGCUUAUUAUAUGUGGGUAUCUUUAAGUAAGGAGAAUAAUGGUACAACACCUGAACAAGAAUGUGGUGGUAGUAAUUUAGGCCAUACAUUUAGAGCAGCUUUAUGUUACUGUAGCCAAUUACUGUCUAUAUUGUUAUAUAUAUUAGAUAUCAACCAUCCGAAAAAACAGUGUUAUAGUGAGUUUUGCAAUGAUGAUAUUACAGAGAAACAGCUAGCCAACUCAGUGAACAAAUUAAAUCAUAAUGUUCUAUAUCUAUGUUUCUCACAAGGCAUAAAAGAAGUUCAUCUCUCACCUAAAGACACACUACAUAAUCUUUAUGUUCUCUUACAAAAUCACAACAUUGGAAGAUGUAUACCAUUUGAAGUAUCAGAAGAGAUGAUAAAUUCUGUAAUGGAGGGAAGUAGCAGUGUGUCAGAUGAUAGUGAUACAGAACCAGAUACCUAUAUCGAUGAGGUUGGUUUAGGACAAGAUUGGGAAGUUCCUGAUAAUGACUUGGUAUAUGAUCUCACUUCCAGAGAUCUCUGUCUGAACUAUCCUACACAUUAUAGUACCCAAUCUAGUAUUAAUGAAGGCGGUGGACUUCUUGCAUCUGCUACCACUUCUAUAGCCUCAUUCUGGCAGGCAGCAAGAAAUACUUUUGAACGAAGGUGAUUUUUUUUAAUUUUAAAGUUUCUUAUGUCAAUUUAUAUUAUUUUUAUAUAAACUAUUUUGGAAUUAUCUGUAUAUUAAAAUUUGAAAACAAAUUUGGCAAUUUAUUAUUUUCAUAAUCAAAUCGUGUAUCAAGAAAUUAUUUAUAAUGGCUCUUACUUACAUUGGCAGCAGAUAAUUUUACUACUUAUUACAAAGAUUUUGACACAUUGUAAAUGUUAAUGAAGUUAACAUAGGUUAUAAAGGUAAGCUUGCUUGUUGAAUUCAGCAUUAUAUAAUGUAAUUUGUAUUGAAUAAAAUAGUGCAAAUUUGUAAAUAUUGCAUUUGUACUCUUAGUUAGAUGCAUUUAUAAGAUUUGAAUUUGUAGUUGCAAUCUGAAAAUUACAAUUUUUGUCUUUUUUAAUUAUUAAAUUUUGAGUUUUUGAAGACAGAAAAUAUGAACAUAUUAUUUUCAUUGUUAAUAUAGUGCUUAAUAUAUCAAUUGUAGAGCAAAUGUAGAAAUAAAAAUAUUAAAAUUUAAUAUUUCUAGAGCUUUAUUUUAAUCAGGUUGACUCAUAUUAGUCACAUUUUGUUCCGCUUGAAAUUCAUUUAAAAUCUUUAUGUCAUAGAAGUGUUAUUUCAUGUUCUUAAUUUGUAAUUCAGGUUUAUUAUGAAAGAAGAUAUUCUUUAUGUAUAUUUACUAUUAUCUAAUCAGGUUGUAAAGUUGAAGGGAUAAAGUCAUCUAAUUCAUUAAGUUAUCACAGAAAGAAAAUUCUUUUAUCUACCAGUGUUCACUUCUAACAGGACAAACCUGCACUCUGACCAGAGAACUUAUGGAAAGAGUUGGUUUCAUCUUCAAAAUAACAAAAAAAAAUAACAGUAUAUAUUAAUGAUAUUUCAAAAUAUACCAAGUAAACUGGCACAUACUCCCAUUUUAAAGAUAAACCAAGUUACCACUAUUCUUAAUGCAAUGUCAUCAACUAUCAUAGUAAUUUAGAGAGCUAUAUCCCUUCAUCACUAAUUCAUUAACUUUAACUUUGUGUAUAUUUUUUAGUCACUAAAUGUACAUAAACACCAUAUUUUUAUUUGAUAUAUACCGGUACUUUUUCUGUAUUUAUUUUUAGAUGUUACAAUCUGUGAUAAAAAUAAAAUAAUCUUUCAAAAUGUG